CACCGACUAAUGUUUAAAUGGACGCAUCGUCCAUUAUCACCCAAGUGUCGCGGGAUGACGAGUUAGGCGCGUUCAACAGCGAGAAAGCCCAAUUACCUCGAGAAAAUGAAGCAGCCAAUAAUACUACGUCGAGUGGCAAGAAGCCGAGGGGACGUGGGCUCUUGCGCUCACUGCUCUGCUGUUUUGGAAGAGGUCGAGGUGGUAGUUCAAAGAGCUCUAAGGCUAGUUCUUUGCAAGGUGAUGGCCGUGGCUCACCACCACCUGGCACCGGAUCACCGAGGUUUCUUCUACCACCAGUCAGACAUCAAGACAUGCACAAAAAGUGUAUGGUAAUCGACUUGGACGAGACUUUGGUGCAUAGUUCUUUCAAACCGAUCAACAAUGCAGACUUUGUUGUUCCUGUAGAGAUUGAUGGAACGGUACAUCAAGUGUACGUCUUAAAGAGGCCUUAUGUAGACGAAUUUUUGCAAAGAAUGGGUGAAUUAUAUGAAUGUGUACUAUUCACUGCAAGCUUGGCUAAGUAUGCAGACCCAGUGGCGGAUCUAUUAGAUCGAUGGGGUGUAUUCAGAGCAAGGUUAUUCAGAGAAUCCUGUGUGUUUCAUAGAGGAAACUAUGUUAAGGAUUUGAACAAAUUAGGUCGGGAUUUGCAACAAAUUAUUAUUGUAGAUAGUCCUGCCAGUUACAUUUUCCAUCCAGAUAACGCAGUUCCAGUGGCAUCCUGGUUUGAUGACAUGACGGACUCCGAGCUCCUGGAUCUAAUCCCCUUCUUCGAAAAGCUCAGCAAUGUGGAAAAUAUCUACACGGUACUGUGUAAUAGCAAUCAUCCUUACAAUCAGAUACCUGCGCACGCGGUGCAGAGCAAUCAGAGUCUGCCGACAUCAAUUUCAAUGGCUGCUUCCUAGCCCCACCUGAAUCCUGGCAACUCAGCCAGUCUUGUCGCUCAAUGCACCUUCCGGAGGAUUUUAAGGGACUACUCCACGUGACCCACUCGCUUUGUGGUGAAGGAUCCCGAAGUGCUCCUCGUUGAUCUUUGGAAAAAUCGCUCCGAUUCAGCGGAGCUAAAUGUCAUAUCUUGAAAGAGCGCAUCAUUAAGUUGACACACACAGUCAUAGCUGCUGAUAUCUUUCUUCCUGGCGAGCAACGCAAUGAAGACUGAGUCAGUUUUGAAGCGCGAGUGUUCUUCCAUUUUGCACCAAGCGUUAAAAGCGACGAACUAUAUCGAUCCUGUCCGCAUCGGGCAGACUGAAAAUACGUCUGUACUCAACAAAAGAAUCUAGUGAAGGAUAAAA